AUGGUGAAUUUUUCUCGAAUUGCUACGCCUUUGACAAAGCUAAUUAGAAAGGAUUUAAAGUUCGUGUGGGAUGAUAGUUGGGAAGAAGCUUUCAGAGAACUUAAGCAAAAAUUGACUACGGCAACUGUUCUCACUGUGCCUAAUAGUGAUGAAUCGUAUGUGGUAUUCACUGAUGCUUCCGGUACUGGUUUAGAAGGAGUUCUCGUGCAAAAUGGCAAGUUUGUUGGCUAUGCUUCACGCCAAUUGAAGCCACAUGAGAAGAACUACCCUACACAUGACUUGGAACUUUAUCUCUUUACUAAAAGAGACUUGAAAUUGAGGCAAAGAAGAUGGGUUGAGUACAUGGAAGAUUAUGAUUUCACUUUGCAAUAUCAUCCUGGAAAAGCAAGUGUGGUUGCUGAUGCAUUAAGUAGAAAACCUCAUGGUACUUUGGCUUGUUUGGUUCUUGAGGAUUGGAAAAGAACGAUCAUGAUGGGUGAUUAUGAAUUAGAGUACUAUGAAGGAAAAUACAUUGUGAUUGUUGAUCGUUUGGCCAAAUCUGCUCUUUUCAUUCCAAUUAGGAAGGAUUAUAAGCAUGGGUUGCCUUCCAGCAUUGUUUCUGAUAGAGAUCCUCAAUUUACAUCAAGGUUUUGGCGAGCAUUACAAAAUGCUUUAGGAACUGAACUUAACUUGAGCACCACUCACCACCCUCAGACAGAUGGACAGUCUGAGAAGACUAUCCAAACUUUGGAGGACAGGCUUCGUUGUUGUAUUUUGGAUUUUGGGGGUAGCUGGGGAGAACACUUGUCAUUGGUGGAAUUCAGUUAUAAUAAUAUCUACCAAACCAGUAUAGGCAUGGCUCCUUAUGAGGCCUUAUAUGGGAGAGCAUGCAGAUCACAUUUGUAUUGGACAGAACCAAAUUAG